UUAACUUAUAUAAUUACCUACUGAUUUUGGUCAGAGACGCCAACUCUGGCUCUCCGUUUAAUAUUCUGCAAAAUCACAGGGUCCAAUUUUCUGUGUAACUUUGUUGCUUCACAAGUUUGUAAGCUGGGGUUGGUUUAAUCAGAACUUCAGAACUUCAUCAUGCAACGGUGUUGUCUACCACAGAUUUUCACUCUCGCACUUGUUGCUGCUCUUUGUGUUAACGUUGCACAAGCUCAAGAUGGAAACGCUACUACAGAUCCUUCAGAAGCAAGAGUUUUGAAUUCAAUCUUCAGCAAAUGGAGCAUUUCAGCAAACCAAGAUCAGUGGAAUAUAAGCGGUGAACUAUGCAGUGGAAAUGCCAUUGAUAGCUCCACCAAAAUCGAUGACACCGCUUACAACCCCUUCAUCAAAUGCGAUUGUUCCUACGACAACAAAACCACUUGCCACAUAACAGCACUGAAAGUUUAUGCAGUGGACGUGGUUGGAGAAAUUCCUGAAGAGCUAUGGACUCUUACUUACCUCACCAAUUUGAAUCUUGGCCAGAAUUACUUGACAGGUUCUCUACCUCCAGCUAUUGGAAAUCUGACUCGCAUGCAAUACAUGACCUUUGGCAUCAAUGCUUUAUCAGGGGAGCUUCCCAAGGAAUUGGGAAAUCUUGCAGACUUAAGAUUAUUCGCUUGUGGAUCAAACAACUUAUCAGGAUCUUUUCCAUCUGAACUGGGGGAUCUGGUAAAAUUAGAACAAAUCUACGCUGAUAGUUCAGGAAUUAGUGGUCCAAUUCCUCCCUCAUUUGCAAAGCUUAAAAAUAUGCAGCAAUUUGCGGCUUCAGACACGGAACUCACAGGCAAUAUACCUGACUUCAUAGGGAAUUGGUCUAAGCUUCAAACCUUGAGGUUUCAGGGUAAUUCUUUUGAAGGUCGAAUACCGUCAUCAUUUUCCAAUUUGACUUCUUUAACAGAGUUGAGAAUAAGUGGUUUAUCUAAUGGGAGCUCCUCACUGGAAUUCUUACGGAAUAUGAAGUCUUUAACUAUCUUAGAUCUGAGGAAUAACAAUAUUUCUGGUUCAAUUCCAUCCACCAUUGGUGAAUUACGAAAUUUGACCCAGCUGGAUCUAAGCUUCAAUAACAUAUCAGGACAAAUUCCUGGAUCAAUUUUCAACUUGAGUUCGCUCUCUUACUUGUUUCUUGGAAAUAACAAACUUAAUGGCACAGUCCCUACGCAGAAAAGCUCAUCUCUUCGCAAUAUAGACUUGUCAUACAAUGACCUAGCAGGGAGCUUCCCCUCUUGGGUAAACGAACAAAAUUUACAGCUGAACUUAGUGGCAAACAACUUCACAAUUGAAAAUUCAAAUAGCAGCGGUUUGCCUACUGGGCUUAACUGUCUCCAGAAAAAUUUUCCUUGCAAUAGUGGUGCCGGAAGAUAUUCCGAUUUCGCCAUCAAGUGUGGUGGUCCCCAAAUUACAUCCGUAGAUGGAACUGUGUAUCAAAUGGAUAAUGAUACACUUGGUCCUGCUAAAUAUUUUGUUACUGAUACAGAUAGAUGGGCCGUUAGUAAUGUUGGGUUAUUUACUGGGAGCAAUAAUCCUCUAUACAAAAGUUUUGUGUCUAAUCAGUUCACCGGUACUUUGGACUCAGAGCUCUUCCAAACUGCUCGGCUCUCUGCAUCAUCACUAAGAUAUUAUGGCAUGGGGCUGGAAAAUGGAUUUUACAAUGUCACCCUCCAAUUUGCAGAAACAGCUAUUCUGGAUUCUACCACGUCCACAUGGAAAAGCCUUGGGAGACGAGUUUUUGAUAUUUAUAUCCAGGGUACUCGUGUUUUGAAGGAUUUUGACAUACAAAAGGAAGCUGGGGGCGUCUCGUACAGAGCUGUCCUCAAGCAAUUCAGGUCUGAAGUGAAAGAAAACUAUCUUGAGAUCCAUCUCUUUUGGGCUGGAAAAGGGACUUGCUGCAUACCUGGUCAAGGUACAUAUGGGCCCUUGAUUCAAGCCAUCAGUGCUAUCCCAGAUUUCAUCCCAACUGUCAGUAACAAACCUCCAAGCAGUGGAAAUAGUAAAACUGGUCUAAUCGUUGGUAUUGUUGUGGGUGUUGGAGUUGUAAGCUUUCUGUCAGUUUUUGCUGUUUUCUAUUUCAUUCAGAGAAGAAAGCGCCUUCUUGAUGAUGAAGAUCUUUUAGGUAUGGAUACAAAGCCAUACACUUUUAGCUAUUCUGAGUUAAAGAAUGCUACAAAUGACUUCAAUAUUGACAACAAGCUUGGAGAAGGAGGUUUUGGACCUGUUUAUAAGGGGAUACUCAAUGAUGGAACAGUUAUUGCUGUGAAACAACUAUCACUAGGAUCCCAUCAAGGAAAGAGUCAGUUCAUAGCUGAGAUUGCGACAAUAUCUGCUGUACAACAUCGUAAUCUUGUCAAAUUAUAUGGAUGUUGCAUUGAAGGGAGUAAAAGACUUCUUGUCUACGAGUAUCUAGAAAAUAAGAGUCUUGAUCAAGCAUUAUUUGGAAAAGCAUUAUCCCUCAACUGGUCCACGCGCUACGAUAUCUGCUUGGGUGUUGCACGAGGUUUAACUUAUUUACAUGAAGAGUCACGACUCCGUAUUGUACACCGUGAUGUGAAGGCUAGCAAUAUUCUUCUUGAUCAUGAGCUGGUCCCGAAAUUAUCUGAUUUUGGUUUGGCCAAAUUAUAUGAUGAUAAAAAGACUCAUAUAAGCACUCGUGUGGCUGGGACAAUUGGAUAUCUUGCGCCGGAGUAUGCCAUGCGUGGACACCUUACCGAGAAAGCAGAUGUUUUUUCCUUCGGGGUUAUGGCUCUAGAGUUAGUUAGUGGGAGGCCAAAUUCUGAUGCAAGUUUGGAAGGAGAGAAGAUGUAUCUUCUGGAAUGGGCUUGGAAGCUUCAUGAAAACAACAACGUAACUGAUCUGGUAGAUCCUGGACUCUCCGAAUUCAACAAGGAAGAAGCAAGACGCGUUGUGGGAAUAGCACUUUUGUGCACUCAAACAUCGCCAACUUUGCGGCCAUCAAUGUCGCGUGUGGUGGCAAUGCUUUCAGGAGAUAUUGAAGUGAGCGCUGUAACUUCAAGGCCUGGAUACCUGACCGACUGGAAAUUCGAUGAUGUGUCCAGUUUUAUGACUGACAUUGCAACCAAAGGAACAGAUGCAAGUUAUUACAAUUCAACAGCAAGUACCAGCGUGGUUGGUGGUGCAGGCUUUUCACCAAUAGAUCCUUCUACAUCUAUGCUUCAUGAUUUGAAUGAGGGUAGGUGAGAAUUGUGUGUAUUCUUUAGUGUUCUUGACAGAGUGUACAAUAUGAUGAGUGCUUCAAAUAUUUUUGUUUCCUUUUUUUAGUUUUAAUUUUCCAUCUUCUUUUGACCUUUAUUGAAUUGUAAAUGUCACCUGAUUUUGUAAUGUAAGUAAAUAUCUGUUACUUUGCAUUUUAAUUUAUAAGGUUGCAUGGAUUGUUACCAUCAAA